AUGUUGCUGCGACUCGUUUAUACUAACGGUGCCAAAAUUAAUCGGGCAUUACCCGUUAGAAAUCAGUUUUUAGGAGCACUUUCAAUAAGAGAAUACAGCAAUCCACAGCCUCGCAAAGGAUUUUUGAAUAAUUUAAUCGACAAUGUCAAAGAGGAAAUGCAAAAAAAUAAGGAGUUACAGGAGCAUCAAAAGCAGCUUCGUGAACGAAUGCAGCAACUAAAUGAAAGUGACGCUCUAAAGGAUGCAAGGAAAAAAUUUGAAAUUGUUGAAAAAGAAACACUUAAAAGCUCUGAAAUUGUUAAAGUGAAAAUUGAAGAACUCAGUGAGCACAUGAAGAAAAUGGUUCAAGAAAUUCAGAAGACUGAAGCUGGAAAGAAAAUGACUGAAGCGGGGGAAGAAGCUUUAAAACAGGCUAGAAAAGCAGCGGAACAAAUUGAAAAAGUUGCCGAGAAGGUUGGAGAUACCGAAGUGUAUAAGCAUGUGUCGACGUCCAUGAAAACUGUAAAAGACGAAAUAGAUGGCAUUGCCGAUGUCCGAAUGUAUAGCAGACCGGAAGUACUUAAAAAACGAACAGAAGGCUUUGAAUUAAAGAAAGAUCGCGUUGUUGAAGCUAAUGAUGAUGCCACAGAUGUAACCUUGCAUAAAGAUUCAAAAUGGUACUCCUCCUGGAAAAAUUUUUCAGAAAGCAAUCAAUAUUAUCACAAACUUCUCGACUGGAAAAUGAAAUAUGACGAAUCGGAUAAUGUCGCUGUUCGUUUGAUGAGAGGCGUUACUGAAAGAAUUGGAUCAGUAUUCAGCGGACAAAACGAAGUCAGCGAAGUUCUCACCGAAAUCGCCAAAAUUGAUCCAAAAUUCGAUAAGCAGGAAUGGCUGAGGUUUUGUGAGACCAAGGUGAUUCCAAACGUGUUGGAAGCGUUUAUCCGGUUUGACUUGGAAGUUUUGCAAGAUUGGUGUCAUGAGAGAGCCUACAAUCAACUAGCAACCGUCAUUAAAGAAUAUCAAAAGAUGCAUUUCAGGACAAAUGAUUCUAGAAUUAUUGAUAUUAGCAAAGUAGAAAUGGUUUCUGGAAAAAUGAUGGAGCAAGGCCCAGUUUUAAUUAUCAGCUUCCAAGCAUACAUGAUUAACGUUACUAAGAACGCUGACAAUAAAGUGGUUGAGGGAGAUCCGGAUACUCCUCGCCGAGUAAAUCAUGUCUGGGUUUUAUGCCGAGAUGUCGAGGAAUACAAUCCAGCGAUGGCUUGGAAAUUGCUAGAAGUUCAUAUGCAGGAUCAACCUCUUGCCGUAUAA